GCUCAGCAGCAGACCACAGAAGAAUCGUUCAGUUAGAAUGUGGUACGCAAUUUUGGUUAUCGGUGCGAUUUUGAGCCUCGCGAUUAUCUGGUCAAUAGUGCAGAAGAAUAGCUUCUCGAAAAGCAUCGAUGUGUUGCAACCGUGGUAUCCGAUAGUUGGUAAUCUGCUCAUGAUCAUAGGAAAGGAUGAUUUACAAAAAUUCCAGCUCCUUUCGCAAGCUUUCAACAGUGGUGCUAAACUGUUCCGGUACUACAUAGGGCCCAAACCAUUAUUUUGCACUGGAGAUCCUGACACGGCCAAACAAAUAUUGACCGACAUAAACUGUAUGGAUAAACCGUACUUCUACGAUUUCUUGAUGAUCGACAAAGGAGUGAUCGCUGCAAAAUCACAUAUUUGGAAAGGCCAAAGAAAAGCGCUUUUUCCGGCAUUCAAUACGAAAGUUUUGGCUAGUUUCUUGCCAAUAUUCACCAACGGAUCUAAGAAUAUGAUAAGAAAACUGGAAUCGAUGGCAGUAACGGGGGAAACGUUCAACAUCAUCGAUUAUGCUACCACUUGCGCAUUGGAAACGGUUUGUGAAACGACAAUGGGUUUCGAUUCAACCGUUUUUACCAAAACUGAUGAAUUGGGAAGUAAAAUACAACGUGUUCUUUCUAUUGCAGCAAGGAGAAUGUUAAAGUUUCAUCACCAUUUAGACUGUAUUUAUCGUUGGUCAGAGGACUAUCGUGAAGAGCGAACUGUGCGUGAAUAUCUGACAGCUCACGCGAUGCAGGUCUACGAGGAUGCACACGAUCGCUACUCCAAAGGUUUAAUGAAUAAUACUACCGAUGUCGAUGAGAAUCAAUGCUUUCGAAAGCCACAAAUUUUCGUCAACCAAUUAUUCACCAGCACCAUUCGGAAAUUCGAACGAGAGGAAAUAAUCGACAACAUUCAGACCAUGGUGGCUGCUGGAACGGACUCUUCGGCCAACAUAAUAGCGUUCACCUUGCUCCAAUUGGCAAUGGACGCACACUACCAGCAAAAGGUGUACGAAGAAAUCAUGCAAGUAUUUCCUGAAAAGGAACCGAACAUCACCAUGGAGAGGCUGAGUGAACUUAAGCUCACGGAAAUGGUUCUGAAUGAGACCCUUCGUCUGUAUCCGGUAGUGCCAAUUGUAAUGCGCGAGAAUUCAGCGGAGAUGACUCUUUGCGGCCAACAGCUGCCCAAGGGAUGCAUGUUCGCAAUCAACAUCUUCACCAUUCAACGACGGAAAGAUCUGUGGGGGCCGGAUGCGGACAGCUUCAAUCCUGAACGGUUUUCACCGGAACGGUCAGCCGGAAGACACCCUUUUGCAUUUUUGGCAUUCAGUGGAGGAUCUAGGAAUUGCCUAGGAAUUCGUUAUGCGAUGAUAAGCAUGAAAGUAAUGAUGGUUUAUCUGAUGAAGAGCUUUCGGUUCAAAACCAAUAUUAGAGAGGAAGACAUUCGCUUUCGAUUCGACGUGUUGUUGCGCAUAGAAGGAGGUCAUAUGAUGCAAAUUGAGAAACGAUAUGUCCGGCAUAAUAAAGUGCCCACUUGCCGUUUAGCAUACAAAAUGAUAAACUUUGCCUUAAAUACUCAGAACAUUGGAAGCGCAACAGCGAAUCAGAGAAGUGUUGUUAAAAUGUGGUGCGAAAUUUUGUUUAUCGGAGCGAUUUUGAGCCUCGCGAUUAUCUGGUCAAUAGUGCAGAAGAAUAGAUUCUCGAAGAACAUCGAAGUGGUACAACCGUGGUAUCCUUUAGUUGGUAAUCUGCUCAUGUUCAUAGGAAAAGACGAUCUGCAAAAAUUUGAGAUCAUUCAUCGAGAAUUCAAUCGUGAAGCUAAGCUGUUUCGGGGCUACAUGGGGCCCAUUCCGAUAUUUUGCACUGGAGAUCCCGACAUGGCCCAACAAAUUUUGACCGAUUGUAUUGAUAAACCGUACCCCUACGAUUUCAUGAAGGUGAAAAAUGGAGUGUUCGCGUCGAAAACACAUAUUUGGAAAGGCCAGCGAAAGGCGCUUUCGCCUGCAUUUAAUACGAGCAUUAUAGCCAGUUUCUUGUCAAUUUUCACCAACCGAUCCAUGAAUAUGAUAAAGAGACUGGAAUCGAUGGCAGUUACAGGGGAAACGUUCAACAUCUUAGAUUAUGCUACCACUUGCACAUUGGAAAUGGUUUGUGAAACGACAUUGGGUUUCGAUUCGAGCGUUUUUAACAGAAUUGAUGAAUUGGGUGCUAAAAUUCAUAGCGUGUUCUCUAUAGCAGCAAGAAGGAUAAUGAAGGUUCAUCAUCAUUUUGACUUUAUUUAUCAUUGGUGUGAUGACUGUCGUGAAAUGCGAACGGUGCAAGAAUAUCUGACAGCUCACACUAUGCAGGUCUACGAGGACGCUCACGAUCGAUACUCGAAAGGUUUAAUGAACGAUGUUGAUGAGAAUCAGUGCUUUCGAAAGCCACAAAUUUUUGUCAACCAAUUGUUCACCAGCACUAUUCGGAAAUUCGAACGCGAGGAAAUAAUCGACAAUAUUCUGACUAUGAUUGGUGCUGGAUCGGACACUUCCGCCAACGUAAUAGCAUUUGCCUUGCUGCAAUUGGCAAUGGACGCACACUACCAGCAAAAGGUGUACGAAGAAAUCAUGCAAGUAUUUCCCGAAAAGGAACCGAACAUCACCAUGGAGAGGCUGAGUGAACUUAAGCUCACGGAAAUGGUUCUGAAUGAGACCCUUCGUCUGUAUCCGGUAGCGCCCAUAUUGAUGCGCCAAAAUAUGGCCGAAAUGACUGUUUGCGGACAGCAGCUGCCCAAGGACUGCAUAUUUAUUGUCAAUAUCUUCACCAUUCAUCGACGGAAAGACCUUUGGGGACCCGAUGCAGACUGCUUCAAUCCUGAGCGGUUUUCACCGGAGAGGUCAGCUGGAAGACACCCCUUUGCAUUUUUGGGAUUCAGUGGGGGACCUCGGAAUUGUCUGGGAAUUCGUUAUGCGAUGAUAAGCAUGAAGAUAAUGAUUGUGUUUCUGAUGAAGAGCUUUCGGUUCAAAACCAACAUACGAGAGGAAGACAUUCGGUUCAAACUCGACGCGAUGCUGCGCAUAGAAGGAGGUCAUAUGAUACAAAUAGAGAAACGAUUAUAAGUAAAUAAAUUAAAUUUUAAAUUUA